AGUAACACCGAUCGUCAGUCUCGUCGUUACAUUCCCUGUCUCGGGCUCCGGAUCACAAUGUAUAACGAUACAUUCGAUAUAUCUACCCAUUUCACUUGCGGUAUAUUAUUAUAAUAAUAACAACACACGAACUGAUAGCGGAUCUCAAUGAAAUAUUAAACUUAUUACAACUCGUAUUCGAUCAGUGGAAACUAACGAUAGAUAGUCGACAACCGUGCGGUCAGCGAAGUGGUGAUUUUAUUGGUCAGUGAAAAAGAAGAAAUACAAAUACUGAGAGCAAAAAAUAAUUAAUUAAAAAAAAACUGCUGUACGAUACAUAAAUUUCACCGAGAAUAUGUAUAUUUUUUAAUUUUGUUCUCUCUUGUGUAAAUCAUGUGCUAAUUUUCCAACAGUUCAUUGCACGUGAAAGACACCUUGGGAUAUAUACUACGGUAUACAUAUAUACUUGUACCUCGCCAAAACGAUGAUAAUUUUUGCAACGAAUAGUCUCACCUGAUAAGACCCUGAAGGAGGUGUACAGACUGUCCGAAAUGGAAUUUGCCCGUCACGUCUAAUCCACCGUCAGUAUCAAUAGGAAAAACGUGAGCAGAACGUCACGUGAAAAUCGUCGACGUCGAACUACAAAAAAAACGCCUUCGACGAACCGAUUGGUAUAUCACCGCUGACCACGAUGGCUGUACCCACGCUCGAGGGUUUGACAUGGUUCUUGUCUUACGCAAUUCUGUCGGCUGUUCUUGGGAUGUUGCAAUUUGGAUACAACACCGGUGUCAUCAACGCACCACAAGCGAAUAUCCAGAACUUCAUGAGGGCAGUUUACAGAGAGAGGAACGGUAUAGAUAUCAAAGAAAGUCUAGUCACGAUGCUGUACUCGGUAGCCGUCAGCAUAUUCGCCAUCGGCGGUAUGAUCGGAGGAUUCAGUGCGGGGAUGAUUGCCGACAAAUUCGGCAGAAAAGGGAGCUUACUGCUGAACAACGCGCUGGGCAUCCUCGGGGCAUGUCUAAUGGGUUUCUCCCAAAUGGCCCAAUCCUAUGAAAUGCUGCUGAUCGGUCGAUUGGUCAUUGGUAUCAAUUGCGGCUUGAACACGUCGUUGGUUCCCAUGUACAUAUCCGAAAUAGCACCGCUUAAUUUGAGGGGUGGCCUGGGCACGGUGAACCAGCUCGGUGUUGCCGUCGGUCUUUUGGUAUCUCAGAUCCUGGGUGUCGAGCAGUUACUGGGAACGGACGCAGAGUGGCCGAUUCUCUUGGGUUUGGCGAUAUUCCCCGCAAUUCUACAAUUGAUGUUGUUGCCCUUCUGUCCGGAAUCUCCCAGAUAUUUGCUCAUCACGAAGCAGUGGGAAGAAAAAGCGAGAAAGGCAUUGAUGAGGUUGAGAGCCACCAAUCACGUGGACGAAGAUAUCGAGGAGAUGAGAGCGGAACAACGCGCCCAACAAUCGGAAUCAUCUAUUUCAAUGAUCGAACUCGUACGUAGCCGAACUUUGAGGGCUCCGCUUAUCAUCGGUAUCGUCAUGCAGCUGUCCCAACAACUGUCCGGUAUCAAUGCGGUGUUGUAUUAUUCCACGAGCAUGUUCACAAGUUCCGGAUUGUCGCAAGAAAGUGCAAAGUUCGCAACGAUCGGCAUCGGUGGCAUCAUGGUCAUCAUGACUCUGGUUUCGAUCCCGUUGAUGGACAGGACGGGACGACGCACGCUGCACCUGUAUGGUCUCAGUGGAAUGUUCAUCUGCUCGAUUCUCAUUACAAUUACACUCUUGAUAACGAGAGUCGUUGCUUGGAUGUCCUACCUUUCGGUGGUGUCGACGCUCAGUUUCGUGGUAUUCUUUGCCGUGGGACCAGGCUCGAUUCCAUGGAUGAUCACCGCGGAGCUGUUUUCGCAGGGUCCUAGACCAGCCGCUAUGUCUAUUGCCGUACUCGUCAAUUGGCUAGCUAAUUUCUUAGUCGGCAUAGGCUUUCCGAGCAUGCAGGCCACUCUCGAUGACUACACGUUUCUACCGUUCACGGCGUUCUUACUCAUAUUCUGGCUUUUCACGUACAGAAAAGUUCCUGAGACUAAAAACAAGACUUUCGAAGAAAUCCUUGCCUUGUUUAAACACGAUAAAGACAGCAGGAGAAGCUUGAAGGACAGCAAAGUUUACGGGGAAGAGGAGCUCGCCACUAACUCUAGCAAGGAGACUGUUUUAUCCGACGCCACCACUGCCAACUAUAACUACGUUAUCGAUAACAAAGCGUAAUAUAAUUUAAUUGAAAAACGAUAUUUUAUCUAAUCAAUCGUCACUGUACAUUGAACCACCCAAACACUGAGUGUUAUCGAUUCUCAUUACUGUUACUCAUUAUUAAAUGAUAUUGUUACGGAAUUUUGUUAAAUCUAAGAAUAUUUGUAGGAUAGAUUGAGACUGUGUUAGUGAGGCGAUUUGGGGUAUACGAUCAUCCCUGAUAUACAUAUGUCAGGAUUUUCUUAUGUAUAUAUAAUAUUACGAAUGUUUCGACAUGGUUCAAUCAAUGAACGUUCAAACGUAUCUACCUACUGUGUAAUGAAUAAGCAAUGAGGUUUUACAAA